AUGUUCCCCGGAGUUUUCUAUGCACUGCUGGCGGGUUUCCUCGCGGCCGUGGCGUCGUCGUCGGCCAAGCUGUCCCUGGGAGCGGACUACCUGAAGGGAGUGUGCGAGACGGGGCUACGGACGUGGGGCGAACAGCGGCGAUUUCGUCAAGUAGACGAAACGACCGCCUGUGACCGGCUCCACAUCCCUCUGAGGCUACUGUGCGGCGGGCUGCUUUUCACCUGCAAUGCUGUGAUGUGGACCUUUCUUGCCAAAGCACUCAGGUACUCCUCCUCAUCCACCCGGACCACUGUGACCACCACUGCCUCCAACUUCGUAUCUUCCGCUUUCCUGGGCCAGCUGAUCUUUGGUGAGGCCCAAAUAACACUGUGGUGGGUUGGGAUCUCCUUGACGUUCUCCGGCCUGCUCGUGCUGCAGAGAGUUUCGCCGCAGGAACGAGAACCCGACCCGGUUGCCAAAAGGGAAGAAUGA